AUGUUUCUUACCUCCAAAAGCUUCGCUGUAGUAUAUGCUUCUCACCAUAUCCAUUUCCUUUGGUUCGCCUUCAUCCUUUUCGUUGUCCUGACAUCUGAAAACAACGAACCUCCUCCCAUUAACCCACUUGAACAAAAAGCAUUCUUCAAUCUUCUCAAUUCCAUCUCAGAAAAAGCAACCAUAUCUAACCUCAUAUCAGUUCAACUUCAACAUGAAUACCAUGUUCAUGGAGAGGUAUCACUUGUGAUUCAAAAGGAACUCCCUGAAGGUGCUCCUAACUGUUUAGCUGGUUUAACGUUUGUAAUAAGUGGAACACUAGACAGUUUUGAACGAGAAGAAGCAGAAGUUUUGAUUAAACGCCACGGUGGCCGUGUCACCGGAUCAGUCAGCAAGAAAACAAAUUAUUUGUUAUGUGAUGAAGAUAUUGGGGGAAGGAAGUCUGAAAAAGCUAAAGAGCUAGGGACUUCAUUCCUCACAGAGGAUGGAUUGUUUGAUAUGAUCCGGGCAUCAAAACCUGCAAAAGCUCCUAAGCAAGAUGAAAGCAGGAAAUCUCUGAAUAAGGCUGUUGCAGUGCCAUCCCCGUCAAAAGUUCCCCUGAAAGCAGAAAGAAAGGCUGUUGCAAUGCCAUCCCCAUCCAAAAUUCCUUUGAAAGCAGAAACAAAGGCCUCUUUGUCUUCAUGCUCACCUUCCAACCAAGUGAAGCUUAAGAAAGCUGCUACUGUUCAGUCUAAUGUGAUGUGGACAGAGAAACAUCGACCUACAAAUCCAAAGGAUAUCAUCGGGAAUCAGUCACUUGUUUUACAGCUUCGAAAUUGGUUAAAAGGUUGGCAUGAGCAAUUUUCUAACACAGGUGGUAUUAAAAAAGGAAAAAAGCAUAAUGACUCUACUUCCAAAAAGGCUGUCUUGUUAAGUGGAACCCCCGGUAUAGGCAAAACAACAUCAUCAAAGCUGGUGUGUCAGGAGCUGGGUUUCCAGGCCAUAGAGGUAAAUGCCAGUGAUAGCCGUGGAAAAGCUGAUAGCAAAAUUGAAAAAGGAAUUAGCGGAAGCAAUUCAAAUUCUAUCAAGGAACUUGUGACGAAUGAGGCCCUUGGCCCUAAUAUGAAUAGGCCAAAGCAGUCCAAAACUGUGCUCAUUAUGGAUGAAGUUGAUGGGAUGUCAGCUGGUGAUAGGGGUGGUGUUGCUGAUCUUAUUGCUAGCAUCAAGAUAUCAAAAAAAAUUCCCAUUAUCUGCAUUUGCAAUGACCGUUACAGCCAGAAAUUAAAAAGCCUAGUGAACUACUGUUUGCUUCUUAGUUACCGGAAGCCUACAAAGCAACAGAUGGCAAAGAAGUUUAUGGAGGUUGCAAAGGCUGAAAGGCUUCAAGUUAAUGAGAUUGCUCUUGAGGAAUUAGCAGAAAUAGUUAAUGGAGAUAUGCGAAUGGCAUUAAACCAGUUACAAUAUAUGGGCCUCUCCAUGUCAGUUAUCAACUACGAUGAUAUCAGGCAGCGCUUACUUACCAAUGCGAAAGAUGAAGACAUUUCACCAUUCACAGUUGUUGAUAAGCUUUUUGGUUUGAAUGCUGGAAAGAUGAGAAUGGAAGAGAGGAUUACUCUUAGCAUGAGUGACCCUGAUCUUGUUCCUCUACUUAUCCAGGAAAAUUAUGUUAAUUAA